AUGACAGGUCGUUUGGAAUCUUCAUGGAUAGUGUCCAUACGAAACAUAGGCUCGAUUGUGGGUUGUUUCUUGGCUAUAUUGAUUAACAAUAACUUGGGUAGAAGAGUAAGCCUUUUAACAUCUGCGAUACCACUUUUCGCGUCAUGGGUGAUAAUUUUUUUUGCAAGAUCGGUUAUGGCGUUGUACAUAGCCAGAUUAAUUGGUGGUAUUGCCAGUGGUCAGCUCAGUGCCACUCUUCCAAUUUAUAUCGGGGAGAUAUCCGAAAAGGAUAUACGAGGGCGUCUUUCGAACCUAUUUACUGUGUUAGGAAGUUUGGGCGGAUUGUAUAUUUACACAGUGGGCCCUUUCGUGUCAUAUCACGUGUUGGCAGGAACUUGUGCCAUAGUGCCCUUUAUUGUUACAGUUAUGUGCUGGUUUUUACCGGAAACUCCAUAUUACUUGGCUAAGAAGAACAAACCGGACAAGGCUAGGGAAUGCAUUGUGAAGCUGUCGUGCAAUCGGGCGGAUGAAAAUUUCAUCGAAACAAGAAUGCAAGAGAUAAGAGAUAGUAUAAACAAUGACAGAAAGAAUACAUCACAAUUUUGGGAACUCAUCACGAAACAGCAGUAUAGAAAACCUUUUCUAAUUGUACUAGGUAUUAAAACCAUUCAGCAUUUCAGUGGGUCUCAAGCAAUAUCAGCAUACAUGCAAACAAUAAUGCAAAGCAGCGGAAGUAACCUGUCUUCUUCAUACUCGAGCAUAAUAUUUGGAUUCACCCGAUUUAUAGCUGCUAUAGUAAGUGGUCAAGUUGUUGACAAACUGGGCAGAAAACCGCUAUUAUUAAUAUCUGCAGCCAGUUGCUCCGUGGCAUUGUUUGGCGAAGGGGCUUAUUUCUAUGUUUUGGAAGCCAUGAAGGGAAAUACCAAUUCAAUCUCUUGGAUACCUCUCACCGCUUUGGUAAUCUUCGAAGUGAUGAUAACUAUUGGCGUUUCAACUUUACCUUAUAUUAUCAUUGGCGAAAUAUUCACGAUGAAUGUUAAAGGUUAUGCUGCGUCAUUUAGUUCUUUAUACUCAGCACCACUUGCAUUUGCGGUGACGUCCCUGUAUAUACCUAUAAGCGAAAACUGGGGCACCUACACCAUGUUUUGGUUUUAUGCUUCCACAUGUUUCCUUGGCUCGAUAUUUAUUUUGAUAUUUCUACCGGAAACAAAGGACAAAACUUUCGACGAAAUACAAAAGAAACUCAAUAAUAAGAAAUAA